AUGGCUGAAGCUGAACGUCACAUUGUUAUCGUCGGAGGUGGUAUCAUCGGUAUAAGCAUUGCUUAUUAUACGAGCCUGCGAUCAGACUGUCCGAAGGUGACAGUCUUGGAGUCAAGCAAGGACCUGGCUCCAGGAGCGUCCGGAAAAGCUGGUGGUUUCUUGGCCCUUGACUGGCAUGGCACAUCAACAGCCAGCCUAGCCUCUUUGAGCUAUGAGCUCCAUCACGAGUUGGCGAAGAAAGAGAACGGUGCCGAACUUUGGGGCUACCGAGAGGUCGAGACGCAUCAAUUGAGUCUGGACACUUCUCGCAAAGCACGUUCGCGUCCCAAAAUCGACUGGCUCAAUCAGCAAGUUUUCAUCUCAUCUAGUCCUAUCGGUGGGGGCGGAUCGACGGCGCAAGUGACCCCGGGAGAGUUAACUCAGUUCCUUGCAAACAAAGCCAAAGAAGCUGGUGUGGAGAUCCGCCUGCAGACCAAGGCUAUUGGGUUGGAUUUGAAUGAGAGCAGUAGGGUUAAAGGCGUGAAGAUCCAGGUAAACGGUGAGGAACAAGUGCUCCCAGCCACCGAUGUUGUUGUAGCUGCUGGUCCCUGGACUGGUAAGCUUUUGCAAACGUGGUUUACGCCAUCUACCAUGCCUGCGUACUUGCGUUCAGCAUCGAUGAUUGAGGGCAGUCGUGCGCACAGCAUCAAGAUUCAAGCUGCGAAAGGACACCAACUUUCUCCUGAUUGUUUCUUCUCUGAAAUGCGCUAUGGUAACUCUGCGGGAGCGCCUGAGUUCUACAUCCGUCCUAAAGGCGUUGCUUACGUGUCUGGUGGUUCAGACGAUGUCCCGAUCCCUGAACUUGCUGAUGACGUGACAUUUGAUCCCAAACGUACAGCCGAACUCCAGAUUCAAGCUGGUGUUUUGAGUCCAGAGUAUUUGGACGUGAAAAAUGAUGCCGAACUCCUUGCUGAGCAGGCAUGUUACCUGCCCAUUUCUCCUCGCACUGCCGCCCCCAUUUUGGGCGGUUCUGCCGAGAACGGCAUUUAUGUUGCUGCUGGUCACGCGGUAUGGGGUAUCAGCAAUAGCCUUGGUACCGGCAAGGUGAUGUCUGAGCUGUUGCUUGAUGGUAAGAGCAUUUCAGCUGAUAUCCACCAUCUACAACCCUAA